AUGGAUUUCAAGUCAAAGGAAGCAACAUAUGAGCCACUGGUCUCAGAUGAGGCGCGGUUCUCACAGAGUUCCGAUAGUCUUGAGAGCCAAGAGGGCAAGCCUAUGUUAAGACGAAGCUUCCAGAGAUCUUCUCGCCUCACCUCCUGGGCCAAGGCAAGCGGUACUGUUCUAGCAGUUCUCAAUACUAUUCUUUUACUAAGUAUUAUUGCCGUACUAUCGCUUUCUAAACACGAAAAGGAAUGCUCGGAAGUCCAGUGUGCUGCUAAGACCUCAUACUAUUCCCCUCUUCUAGAAGAAGACGCUGGUGCUAUCGAAUAUGAAUUUCGCAGGUUUCAAGGUGCUCUUGAACACCGCAGCAUCUAUAAGGGGACACCUAACAAGGAGCUUGAUGCAGCAUGGGAAGAGAUUACGCACAUGAACAAUUCCGGUGUAAAUGGCGAGGUCAUAGACCGCAUCGGAAAGUCGCGUAUUUCAGUGAAGUAUCCCGAGUCUCAGGGCGGGCAAUAUGAUGUCGGUAUCGAGGUCUUCCACCAUUUGCACUGCCUGAACAUCCUCCGCCAGUAUACCUAUAAAGAAUACUAUUUUCGCCCCGAGAAUCGGCCAAAAAGUUUCACUGAUAGUGAGCCUGUUAUGCGCUUGCAUCUCGACCACUGCAUCGAAAUGCUACGUGAAGUUCUGAUAUGCCACGGUGAUGUUGGUAUCAUUACUUACAACUGGGUCCAACCAUGGGGACUUUACCCCGACUUUAGCACGUACCACAAGUGCCGCAGGCUCGACAAGAUUGUUGAUUGGGCUGAUAAGCAUGCAUUGCCAGCAGAGGACCCUGAGCCUGAUGAGAACACGGUAUGGCUCAAAGGACCACCGCAGUAA